UGGGAACACAGAGGCAGACUGUGGUCACUGACCGGAGUCUCUACUGGCUUUUAUUCUACUCAAAUCAGACCGCGUGUGUGACCCAGGGGUCCGCCUGCUGCCGGGAGCAAACUGCGCUCAUUUCCCCGAUAUUUCACAGAUGGAUGCUGCGCUGUCGUAGGGGAGGACGAUGAAAAAAUCGCCUGAUAUAUUUUUUGGCAUUUUCGCUCAUAGUCUAUUUAUGGGAGGCAGCGGCGGCUUGGCCCUUUCUUUAUUAUAGGAAGCAGAUCUCCGCGGUUAGCUAUGUGAAGAGCAGAUCGCCUAAUAAUUCUCAUUUCGCGAUCCUGAGGAGUAAUUAUGAACAACGCGCAAGAUAUGUCGCCCGAUUUCGUGUUGAUGCGCCUGGUUUCCGCGGCCGAGGAUGACCGCUUGGACGCAGAAAACGGGAAUCUGCCGCCGGGAGGAGUGGUGCCAGGGCUGGGGAAGGAGGUCCUGGCUCACAGCGGCGUCAAAGCGGGGUUGGAUAUCAGCCGAGAUCCGACGGCGGGCCUCGAGCAUCCCAGCAGCCGCCUGAACAAAGCCCCACCGAGCGGCGAGGGCACGGCUGCACCUGACAGCGGGGUGACGGAGAGCCGAGCCCCGCUGUCCGCGCCUCCUCCGCCGCAGAGCCCCAUGGAGGCCCAGGGCUUUGACUUCGCUCCCAGUCCCGGCCUACGGCCUCAGCUGCUGGUCUUCUCCAAUAUAAUGCGGAACGGAGAAGGGAUUUUAGAAUUAGACCGUCGGAAUCAGCCGAGAGAAGCUCUGCGUUUGGACCACAGCCCGGGGUCUGGCUGCUCCGGCCCGACUGUCAAUAACAACACCCUAAAUCCCGGGGACGUUCAGCAGCAGCAGCAGAACCUGCAGGACCGGGCAUGGGGAGCGCAUCCGUCGGUCUCUGUGACCGCGGAGGUGCAGGGAGCUGCGGAGCUGUGCCGCCAGCACCGACUCAUCACCACCCCGCCCGAGUGGCCCUUGUUGUCGGAGAGAUCCAAUCCUCUCACCGUGAUUGACUCUAAGUGGGGAUGCGCCACCAGGGACAGAGACGGAGCCGUGUUCGAACUGGCCCGACGGUUCGGCGAGCUGGGUGUCGGUGCGGUCCCAAAGAUGCUGUUGAAAGCGGGGGAGCUCCCGCAGUGCUCCUGUCAGGGUGCACACGGGCCGGUAGGAGGGGGAGUAGGGCCCGGGGAUGACCCCACAGAGACCAGUGAUGCUUUGUUGGUCCUGGAGGGACUUGGGAGCGGGGACGUUGCCGGCCUGGACAUGGAUGAGUGCACGGAGGAUGAGACUGAUGAUGAGAACGGACGCCGCGAGUUUUUACUCAACAGGAAAAGGGAAAUAGUUCAGAAAAUGUCCGGGGCUUUCUCCAUCAGCAGCUUCCAAGCGGAGCUGAGGAGGCAGGUGGAGGGGAUGGCCCCGGCGGCCACAGAGGCGGCGGCAGCAGCGCACCUUGACGAGCAGGUGUGCAGCCUCCACGGGAACUUAGCCAGCCGGCUCUCGCAGGUAAGCUCCGGGGAUCCAGAGGCUGUCGCCCAAGUUUCUGCCAUGUCACCCUCACCUACACCGGUCCAGAGCUCACCGUGGACCACAAGCCCAAACCUGAGUCAGGCGUCGACUCCCAGAAGGCGGCCGGAGCGCUGCGCCAGCGCGCCCCGGACUCCCACAGGCUGGGCCGUCGGUGGGGAAAAGACGCUCAAAGUUCCAGGGAAGUCUAAAAAGGGUUCGUUAAAGAUCCGCCUGAGCAAACUGUUCCGGACUAAAAGCUGCAGCGGCCCCAACCACCUGCUGGACAAGAGGCCCUCAGUGACCUACUCAGUGUCUUCUGCCGGGAGUCUGGUGGACAUGGCGAGCACAUCCGGUGCUGAGCAGGACGCAGACAGCCACAGCCAGCCCAGGCUGACCAGGGCCCACAGUGCCUUCUCCCCCGCCUCCCUCUCUGCCUCCCUGUCUGCUUUCACCGGUGAGACUGUUUCCCUGGUGGAUGUGGAUAUUUCACGGCGAGGGGCGAACACGCCACACCCUCCCACUCCUCCUCCUCCUCCACGCCGAAGCCUCAGUUUGUUAGAUGACAUAGCCGGGCCUCAGCCUGGGCCUUUCCUUGUGAGCGUUAUGGGUGCCUCCCUGCAGUCCCUCCCCCUGCCUCUCCCUCCGCCUCCCCCUCGCUCCCACGCCACCAUCCAGCACAGCGUCAGCCUCAAUGACGCCUUCCUCCGGGCACUUCCUCAUUCAACCCCAUCGCCGGCUGAAGCCCCACCUCCCUCAAGACAGGCCCCGCCCCCCAUGCUGUGCGCUCUGCGACGGUCUGAAGCCAGCAACUUCACGGCCAGCCUGAGAGAGCUGGAGAAGUGUGGCUGGUACUGGGGACCGAUGAACUGGGAGGACGCAGAAAUGAAGCUGAAGGGGAAACCGGACGGAUCUUUCCUGGUCCGAGACAGUUCGGACCCCCGAUACAUCCUGAGCCUCAGCUUCAGGUCGCAGGGAGUCACACACCACACACGCAUGGAGCAUUACCGAGGGACAUUCAGCUUGUGGUGUCACCCCAAGUUUGAGGACCGUUGCCACUCUGUGGUGGAGUUCAUCGAGCGGGCCAUCAUGCACUCCAAGAACGGCAAAUUCCUCUACUUCCUCCGCUCCAGAGUCCCAGGGCUUCCUCCCACCCCGGUUCAGCUGCUGUAUCCUGUGUCUCGCUUCAGCAACGUGAAGUCACUGCAGCAUCUCUGUCGCUUCUGCAUCCGACAAAUAGUCCGCAUCGACCACAUCCAGGAGCUUCCACUGCCCAGACCACUAAUAUCCUACCUGAGUAAGUUUUAUUACUACGACCCGGAGGAGGAGAUGUACCUGUCCAUCAAGAGCAUCCGACAGGUGGUGGGAGCAGAGCAAGAAGCUGAGUCACAGACGUAGCAUCAAAGAUCGUCUCUGCUCAAGUUUCUAUGUGAAGGACCGAUCUGUUCUGCUCGGCCAGCAUCAGCCAGUCAGAGUCCCUGGAAAUCUCUGUGUCCAGUUGGACUUAGAUGGACCCGCCUCUCUCUUGAAACCAACAAACCGAAAAGACGGAUGAGUGUUUGUAGUUGGAUGGUGGGAAAACACUGAAGACACUGACGACUCAGCCUCUUCUUCUGAGGGACUGCAGAGAUGUUCUCACCUGCAACACAUGUUGGUAUGAAACAAAAGGAGGACGUAAAUUAUGAACUCGGACUUGCAAAUUUCCUGAACUUUCUGAACUGGACUUUUCAAACACAAUGCACUGGUCAAUUUGUACAACUGUUGUUUGCUGCUGUUUCCUUGUUUUUCCUUCCAGUCUGUCUAAAUGAGGGUUUUUGGAUUAAAAGUUGCCCUCAGGACAGACAUACACACAGAGGCAGGGCAACAGAGGCCCAUCGCCCAGCAUUCAAACGCUCGAGGUGUUUAAGAGAUGUUGGAGAACCUAUAAUCUAAUAUUUGGUAGCCUGAUUGGUUUUUCUGCCUGGAAACAAACACAAUUUCAAUGUUAACUACAGUGCUAAUGUAAAUUAGACAUGAGAUUAGUUUAAAACUGAAUUCAUGACUCUCUUUGUUUUAAUGGAGGUGCUUGUUACACAUACGGAUUUUAUGAAGCCUUUAAAACUUCACAGCUUGUUCUGCAUCUCAGCCUUUGAACGUUCUGAUUUUUUUAGCCUGAUGAUCGGAAUGACUUGCCAUUUUGCUUUACUUAAAGAGUUUUGUUUGACAUUGUGUUAGCCCUGUGACUCACUGGCCCCCCCUCCCCAGGGCAUGGCUGCUGGGAUCAGUUCCAGUCCCAUGUGACUUUCUAAUGCAUUAGUGGCUAUGGCUAAUGGAUGGAUGGAUUGUGUUAACUGAUUUUUGUUUAUGUAGGUGAGUCUUAUUUUGGCAGUUAACGUGGAACUUGCAAGUUGCUUCAUAUCAAAUGAAGAGACCGCUUAAGCCCACCCGCCGUGGUUUGAUUGGUUUACCUGUCAAAUAAGGAUAAGGUUAAACAUAAUUUGUGAUUGGAUGCUAACUUUGAGUGUUGAAAGUUGCUCCGAUAGUUGGUGUUAUCAUCUCAUAUUGUUAUAGUUACAUACAAAUUACAUGUUCAUACUUGCUAUGCUAAUGUAGAGCUGAAUAGCGGCUAUUAUUUACAUUUUCAACUGGUUUGCUACACAUAUUAGCUAGCUGGGGUGCUAACUGUUAAAAGGCCAACAUUAAUAAAAUCAAUAAUAGUUGUAGCUUAGGGGUACUAGCUAAUUUCGACUGACGAUUUGAAACAGAUUUGACUAAUUAUAUAAACACAGCAGAUUUAAGUUGUUGUUCAUAUUAAUGAGGGAUGAUAUGUGACUUUUCUGGCUAACCUUGUGAAUUCUGGUAGCCUAUCGUAGCCUACAUCUAAAUGUGUGAUUCUACUGCAACAAAAGAUUGUAACAAAAACAUAACAUUACAUUUAUGUUUGUCCUCCAUGCAGGGGUUGGAGCAGCUCAUGACAAUGUUAUCUAACAUAUAACAGUAGUCCUUUUUGCUUUUUACAAACUGUUUGUUUAACCUUAGCCCAAACCCAAGUCCAAAACACUUAAAUUGAUGUUUAACUCUGCCCAAACUUGACAGUUAAGGCAAUGAAAUCACACCGGGUAGGAUUAAAUUUGACAUUUAAACCACUCAAAUCAUUUUAUUUGGGAUUAAACAUUUGACUUUGGUAUAUUUGAUGAUUGUUAGCUAUUUUUCAUGGAUGUAGCAAAUUAGCCAUGUAGCAACUGAUUCUUCAUUUGUUUCACCAGCUGGCAGAAAUAGCCUUUACUGAGCACAACUCCGAAUCUUUUUUAAUCCCUGAACAAACUGGAAAUGUGGGUGUUGAUUCAAAUGUCUGGAAACUGGCUCUGCUUUAUUACCCGCAGUGGGUUGAAACCUGCAAACAUGCAGCGCAACAUGUUAAAAAUGUUUCAGCCCACAGAAGUCAGUAGUUUUAUUUCCACUGUGAUUUUAUGUUGAUUCAAUUGCAGUUGUCUACCUGGUUGCUUUUUCAUUUUAUUUAUUUUUUUUUAACAAAUGUCACUAGUUUGAAUGACAGCAAGGAAGAAAUAAUGCUAUUUUCUUUUGAUUGGUUGUCACUCUUUUGAUGGAUUGUGCCUCUUUUGAACACCCAUCCAUCCAUUCAUCCAUUUUCCAUACCGCUUUAUCUGUCAGGGUCGCGGGGGUCCUGGAGCCUAUUCUGUUGAACAUUCAAUAGCCAAACACUCUUCACAUUAUCAGACCUCUAUUCAGUGGGAGUAGUUGGCCAUGGCUGUUGUUGUUGUUGUAGUUUAAGUGUCCUGUUGCUUUGUGUUUCUCCAAAAAAUUCAAACUUCGGAUGCUGUUAGAUAUAUGCUGCCAACUAGUUUACAAGCAGUAGGCUGCGACCGAUACUCAUAACACAAUGUUUCCUGAGCUUCUGGUCCACUGAGGCGCCCGAUGUCAGAUAAUCUGAUAUCUGUUGCUAUUAUAUGACACGAUUAUGUAAGAGCAACAGAUGUGAAUAUAGUUGGUGUUUACAUUUGGACAGGUAUUUACAGGAAUUGGGGAAAGUACACCAAAGAAAAAUAUCUUCAGAAAUGCAAUUUACAGUAGAAACAGCUUAACAGUAUUACACAGUUUGAUUAAUGCACUGAUGCUGAUAGUCUUCAGCAAAUAAAGAAGUAACACAAGGGAGUUUUGCACAUAAAGACAAAACUAAUGUGGAGUUUACCUCCAUUAGCAUAAGAUUUUUGUAAAUCUGGUGUUAUUGUACUGGUGGUAUGAUGUUCUGCCCUAAGGCAUCGUUUUUCCCACAAUGCCCUGCCUCAGACCGUGUAUGUCUGCCAUGAUGCAACUCUACCUGUCGGUUUUAUUUGUUGAAAUGCCCAGGUGUAUUUUGCUCAUUCUAUUUGCUGGCUACUGGCUCAGCGAUUUCAGUAAAAAACAAAAAGGAGAAAAAUAAACAUUGGUGUGUGCCAUCAUUUUUCUAUUUGAAAAUUAUUAUACAGUUGUGGAGACAAAUAAGUCUGAAAAUAUUUCAAGUUCCAUUGCUAUAUAUCAUAAUAAAAACUCUGGAAAAAAGUACAAGAAACUACAGCUGUAGGUGGUUCACACCAGGAACACAGCCAGGAUUUCCAGGAGGUCCAAGCCAAAAUCUGCCCCUGGAUUUAUUCAGUAAG